CAUGGCGGAGAGAGAAGCGCUACAGAGACAGAUCGAGCUGCUGCAGAAUCUGAUCAAUAAACACAAGAGUCUCCAUGGCGACGCCCCGUUCACCAGAGAAGAGCCGGGCCCCGGAGCAGCACCAGCCCGGGGCCCCGGAGCAGCACCAGCCCGGGGCCCCGGAGCAGCACCAGCCCGGGGCCCCGGAGCAGCACCAGCCCGGGGCCCCGGAGCAGCACCAGCUCGGGGCCCCGGAGCAGCACCAGCCCGGGGCCCCGGAGCAGCACCAGCUCGGGGCCCCGGAGCAGCACCAGCUCGGGGCCUCGGCUCCGUCAGAGCGGCUCCGAGCCGAGGAGGCUGGAGGAAAACCUACUCCCUGAGCAACAGCCAGGCCCGGGCCCCUGCUGCACGGCCCCCAGCCUCCUCCACUGUUCAUCAGCCCCACACCUCGGCCCCCAGCACCUCGGCCCCCAGCAACUUGGCCCCCUGCACCUUGGCCCCCAGCACCUCGGCUCCCAGCAGCUCGGCCCCCAGCACCUCGGCCCCCAGCACCUCGGCCCCCAGCAGAUCAGGCCCCAGCAGCUCGGCCCCCAGCAGCUCGGCCCCCAGCAGCUCGGCCCCCAGCACCUCGGCCCCCAGCAGCCACAGCAGAGGAGAGGAGAGUCAUGGUGCCAGUUCAUCAUCAGGGGCCCCUCCCCCCCAGAGGGAGGGGCCCCAGCUGAGGACUGAGACCAGAACCAGAGUCAGAGGGUCUUCAGUGAAGGGGGGCAGCUCUGGACCUUCACCGAGGACCAGAACCAGCUCUGAGAGCCGGGGCCCCGUCUCCGCUUCCUUUCUGAAGAAAUCCAAGUUCACCUGGGUGAAGAGCCAGAGCGUGGGGGCGGGGCCUAAACUCUCCAGCCCCGCCCCCUCCCCCAGAGGAACCUCCUCCUCCUCCCCCAGAGGAAGCUCCUCCUCCCCCUUGUCGUCGAUGAGGAGAACUCCGGCCAAGAAGACGGUCAGGAGGCUGAGCUCCGUCAGUCCGGCCUCCAGGACCUCCAGGUACAGGUGGGUCUCCUCCUCCUCCUCCUCCUCCGGAGCUAAGACCCCCAGGAGGCCCCCAGCUCCGUCCCAGAGAGCUCAGGAGAAAGGAGGAGAGGGCCCCAGGAGGCUCCGAGUAGCCUCUACUCCUUCUCCCAAGAUCAAGAAGGGAUCUGGAUCUGGAUCUGGAUCUGGUUCCUCGCUGAGCAGCCGCUACCGCUGGAAGGCUGGAGGUCAGGUUACCGUGGCGACGGGCCGCCGGUCAGCCUUCACCUGGACUCCUGGAGGAGUGAAAGGAGGACUUGCUGUUCCCCCGUCUGGUGCCUCCUCCUCCUCCUCCUCCUCCUCCUCCUCCCCUGCUGGGUUCAAGCUCCGCAGCAGGAUGAAGAUCAUCAGGAGGUCUGUCAGCAGCCCAGCGGGGCCUGAGAGGGGGGCCGGGGGCCCCGCCCGGGGCCGGGGCCACAGCUGGCCCCUGAGGAGGACCCCGUCCAGGGAGCUGGUCUCUUUUGGUCGACACAAGCUGAGACGUCUGGCAGGCCCCGCCUCCUGCUCUCCCCGUGGCCCCGCCUCCUGCUCUCCCCGUGGCCCCGCCUCCUCUCAGCGGGUCUUCAGGACUCGCUAUAAGAUGGUGACCCGGCCCGGCUCCACCCACUACAGCCCGGCCCAGACCUGGACCCAGACCUGGAGGACCAGGAGGAUCCAGUCUGCCAGGAGUUUCCUGCAGAGCCGCCUGCGAGCGCCCCCCCACAGACCCCCGCCGGCCCCCCGUCAGCCCUGGAGGGGCAGCAGCAUGUGCUGGAUCCGAGGGUCCCUGUACCGCGUCUCCGCCAACAAGCUGUCCCGCACCGCCGCCUCCAGCAUGGCCAUCAACAGGACAGGUGUGGUCCGCUCCGUUGGCUCCGCCCACCUCUCCACUAGCCCCGCCCACCUCCGUCCCUCCAGCUCACGUCAUUUAGCCAGCCGUGCGGUGCAGCGGAGCCUGGCCAUCAUCAGACAGGCUCGUCACAAGAAGCAGCAGAAGCAGUUCUGCAUGUACUACAACCGCUUCGGCAGGUGUAACCGUGGCAACAGCUGUCCCUUCAUCCACGACCCGGACAAGGUGGCAGUCUGCACCAGGUUCCUGCGGGGGACGUGUAAGCAGGCGGACGGGACCUGCCCGUUCUCCCAUAAGGUGGCCAAGGAGAAGAUGCCGGUGUGUUCGUACUUCCUGAAGGGAAUCUGUAACAACAGUGAGUGUCCCUACAGUCACGUCUACGUGUCCCGCAAAGCUGAAGUGUGUGAGGACUUCAUCAGAGGCUACUGUCCCCAGGGGGAGAAGUGUAAGAAGAAACACACUCUGGUGUGUCCGGACUUCUCCAAAACCGGGUCCUGUCCUCGAGCAUCUCGCUGUAAGCUGCAGCACCGCCAGAGAGCCGGACCAGGAGCCGGACCAGGAGCCAGAGCAGGAGCCGGACCAGGAGCCGGACCAGGAGCCAGACCAGGAGCCAGACCAGGAGCCGGACCAGGAGCCAGCAGGAGCAGCAGGAGCAGCUCCCCCACCAGGAGAGCCAAGAGGCCCCGCCUCUCUGUCGCCAUGACGACCCCCUGCGGCCCCCUGGCCCUGCCCUCCUUCAUCUCCCUCUCCAGCUCCCCGGAGGAGGCCGACACGCCGGACACACUGCCGGACCUCACCGCUCAGGUUAAAGAGAAGAAGCUCCAGAUCAAGCCUCGUCUGUGACCUCCUGGUGUUUCUCCUCUUCAUCACUCAGGGUUAAGACUUUUAUUUUCUAUAUUAAAAAUGUUUACAGACAGAUUGUUUGCUUGUUUUUCUCUCAUCAGGUUUUGUAAAUUUUAAAAACACAAAUAAAACAAUAAACAUGAAGUGUUGUCUCUGUGCUG